GCCGGCUUUGUGCACGACGUACUAAUCGUCAGGUGAUCACGGAGUUGAGCGGUAGAGGAAGCAAUGGUUGGUAGCAUUCAGAGCGGAUUAUCAGACAGGAUGGUUUUGCUAGGUGGGCAAACGACCUCCAGCGUGAGAGGGGAAAGGGACGAAGAGCACAUUUCUGAUGACGAGCGAUCAAUGGCCGCGUGCUCGUGGUCGUGUAAGAGUGAAUACGGAAGCACCUUGGAUGGGGAGGAUCCGAGGGGAGUGGAGGGCAUGGAGGCGAUGACCACGGUAGAGGACCGAUCUACUGACAGCGGAAGCGAUGGGGAAGUAGAGGAGGAUGUAUCGGAAUUGGGACUUCUCAGCCACUGGGAAAGCACCUAUUCUGACGAGUUGCGAUUGUUCCACGAGCUUGGACAGACUGGCGAGAUCUGGUUCGGUGAAUCUGUGAUGGAAGCGAUGGCCAGUUUUGCCACUCGAGUCGCCAUGACCGCGGCGGCUUCUCGGGCGGCGGCGGCAGCGGCAGCAUUACGAAGGGCAGAAGAAGAAGACAAGCGACCUGCGGACCCUUUUCCUGCCUUGCUGCCUGCCUCGUCUUCUGCCUCGUCUAUGUUAUUAGCAUUUGCUUCUUCCUCGUCUUUUUCGUCAGCUUCUACUCACGCUUCUGCAUCGUCUUUGUCGUCAGGACAGACGCACGCUGUUGAUUGCAGGGCGGAGAAUGGAGGUGGUGUGGUCGCGGAGCUGGGAGGGGUUGGUGGCUUGGGUGCUGCCGGCCCGAGCAGCAGUGUUGGCGCGCUUUCAAUGGGAGAUGACGGCGCUGUGUCCUCACAGGGAGUAGGAUUGGGCGGCGGCAGUGGCGGAGGAGGAGGAGGAGGAGGAGGAGCAGGGGGGGGAGGAGGAGGAGGAGGAGGAGGAGGUCUUGUCAGGGCUGGAGAAGCAGCAUCUUGGCGGGUUCUUGAUCUGGGUUGUGGCAAUGGGAUAUUUCUUCACGCCUUGGCGCGGCGAGGAUUCGAUGACCUGACCGGGGUCGAUUACAGCGAAGCGGCCAUAGCUCUGGCCAGCUCUGUCGCUGAAAGGGAGGGGUUUUUGAAUGUCCGAUUUUUCGUUGACGACGUUCUUAAUACAAGAUUGGAGGGUCAAUUCGACCUCAUCACAGAUAAGGGAACUCUUGACGCUGUGGGCCUUCACGUGAACGGAGCCUUGCACAGAGUUACGUACAAGAAAACCGUCGAGAGGCUUUUGGCGCCAAACGGUUUCUUUAUCAUAACGUCUUGUAACAGCACGAAGGAUGAGCUGGUGCAAGAGUUUUGUGGCAGCAGCAGCAGCAGCAGCAGUAGUGCGGAUGGGAAGGAGUCGGAGGGAAGCUGUAGAGGAAUGCCUAACGGAAUGCCCAACGGAAUGCCUAACGGGAUUCCUAACGGGAUGCCUAAUGGACUGCCAACGGCGGCCGCAGCAGAGGCGGCGGCAGAUCAACCCCCAUCCGGUUCUGAUGGAGGCGCGGAAGGGGAAGAGCACGAAGGAAGGGGAAGAGGAGUGCUGGCCCCUCAAGCGCAUCAUCGUCGUCAUCAGCCGCUGGUUGGAUUUCGUUACGUAGACCAUGUUAGGACCCAUCCCAGAUUCCGAUUUGGCGGUAUGGAGGGGACACGCGUUUGCACGGUGGCUUUUCAGUGCUUUGCUGCCGAAAGGGAAACUCAGCCGUCGGCAUAGCGGGAGGGAGGAGGACGAAUUUAGAUAUCAUUGCGGAGAGAGAAAUCAUAGGUCCCCCAAAUACUAUAUGGCGAAGGCCGUAGCAGGUUCAAAUAUAAGGGGUCCGGAUUUCGUCUCAGGUUCGUGCUCGUACACAGGGCUUCGAUCUCUUGACCUUGGUGGUUUUGUGCUCGUUAAUCGAAGAAGCAGAAACUUGAUGGCCUUGAACACCACUACCAGGCUUUUUUCAAAAUGUGCUCAUGCUUGGCAACGACUUAUGGUGGGAGCGAUGGCGGCUGCGCUAUAUAUAGCUAACGACGGACGAGGACGUGACGUGAGUGAGUCACGUCCUCUGUUCACAUGCUGCCGCGUUUCGAUCUGGGUCUUUCUGCGAUCGAGAGCGUGCUUGUGUGCAUGUUAUGUUUGUGUUUCUCAGACACUCUGUGUGUGUGUGUGUGUGUGUGUGUGUGUGUGAGAGAGAGAGAGAGAGAGAGAGAGAGAGAGCAAAGGAUGUUCUACUUGAAAAUCGACGGUUGUAGAUUUGUCUUCGUUAUUCGGGCUUCUCCUGGGAUCGAUGUAGCGGGGCUUCAUAACAGUGAAUCGAAGUGUGUAUGUGCGCAGGUAUGAGAGACGGUCAAGCCCUUGGCCAGCAGCGGACGAGUUCUUGUGACUUGCGGUAUAAUGCGUACUUUAGGUUGAACGGUGAUGUUGAUGAUGCUUGAUGGUGAGGAUGAUGAUGAUGAUGCUUGAUGGUGAGGAUGAUGACGAUGAUGAUGGGCCUACCAGGGUGAGUGGUGAGAUAUAAUGGUGAUGAUUUCGGAUUCGUCUACGGAUCAGUAAUUAUGGGAAAUCGUUACAUAUUGUACUACUCCUUUCUCUCUCUCUCUCUUUCCCUUUUUUCUCUCUAUUGGAUCUCCGGGUUAGCAUCUUUCAGUAGGCAAUGUCUUCGCUCAUGUCCCUCUCUCAUUGCAAAUGUCAUGAUCAUAUAGAGACGAUACUGUGAACGGC